CCGACCAGGUGGAUGGGCUAGUCUCGUAUCCGCGACGCUACUGGCGAACUCAAUCGUCAUGCCGCUGAACACCAAUACCAUGGUCUGCUUCUCAUCGAUCUUCAUGGACCCUUCGUACCAGGCCAGUUCGCUUCUGCGCACCUCACAUUUCUCCAAGUACCAAUCGUUAACAUAAGUGGCUAUAUGCAAUGCCCGACAACACUGGGCGCUGCGUACGCUAGGCAGAACAUGCUUGGAGCAUCCAAUUCGAGCCCGCGAACGAGAACAUCAAAUCGGUGACUGUGCUUGCAAUUUACAACCUUUCAUGCGAAAAGUUGGAUAUCACAACACCAUCACGCGUCCAUGUACCAGAGUGUCAACACCUAGUGCGUGCUGUAGCAGAGGCUGCCGGAUGUGCGGGACUACUACGAUCAGCUGUCUCGCGCAGCUGUCUCGCACUAGGUCGAUGCUUCCCUGAAACGACUGAGCACGUCCUAACUCGACCAGCUGCAAAUCCACAUAUGCUACUUUGAUCGAGGACAGGCGCUGCACGAGCUUGCCUACGUUGGAAACCGGGUAACCCCUUCCUUCACCAUGUCUGAGAUUCACGACCACCUCGACACCAUUCUCAUCCUCAGUACUGCCAUUCAAUCACUAGGAUAUGCCCUGAACUGAACGUGUACGCCAAGCUCAUGCCAUGCACCCAGAAAAUGAACAGGGAUUGCUCUUUCCGGAUCGCCAUUCUCGACACGACAAGGAUGUACCACAUGCUGACCCGGAAGUGUCUGCGACCGGAAUAUCCGUCCUUGGCAUCUGUCAUAGUCUUCAGGAGAUGGCGUGGAAGAAGAAGGGUAUGGUGGCUAUAUGCGAGCAUCGGGAGUACGGCUUUACCCAGGUGCAAACAUGCAAAAUUGGUGGCGAGAACAACGGAGUCGACGCGCUGCUCAAGGAUUUGGGCGAGGAUUUGCAGGCCUGGGCGACCAACUUCAUGAACUGCUCGAGCGAUUCCACAUCAUCGGACGUACAGCAACCGCGCCAUAUGCCGUGGUAGCGCACCGCUCCAAGUCUUUAUAGGGUACACAGCUCCAUCCCGAGGUCACGCACUCCAAGCAGGUGAUUAGCAACUUUGUAAUGGGCAUCUGAGGCUGCAGAGAACACCGGACAAUGGAGUUCAAUUAAGAAGGUGUCGCGCGCAUUUGCGAGAUAUGUGGAACCAAAGGUCGCCCACAGAGGUGGUGUUGAUAGUUCUGUUGCGGCGAAGCUGAUGCAUGGGACUAUCAGCGAUCGUCUUCGCGCUACCAUCUUCGACAAUGUUGUUCUCCGUCUACACAGGAUAUAGAGCAAAGAUCCCGGCGUGAACCUCACCGUCGUCGACCCGUCAGAUCUCUUCCUUUUGCGUCUCGAGGGCGUCUCGGAACCAGAACAGAAGCGCAAGAUCAUUGGCCUCCGUUCAUCAACUUCUCCGAGACCGAGACGGCGAAGGUUGAGGCUGAGGCUGAGAAGGAGGAGACCAAGGGUACCGAGACCAAGGGUAAAAUCCAAUGGCAUCUCCAAGAUGGAUCAUAUCGUUGGUUCUGCUUGAGCACAUGGAACUGAAGCUUAUCCAGCCCCUCCACGAGUUGUUCAACGAUGGGUCCACGCCCUCGGUCGUCUACCUGAGUACGCAUAGUCGGCGCCAGGGCGGUCCUCGGGCUUCGUCAUCUCCAUACACCCGCACCACAGCGUCCGACUUCGUUGUCCCACCGCAUCCCUACCAGGCAUGCCCUGUGGAUCAUGAUUGACGCGGACUCAUGCGCACUUUCAUCCGAUCGACUUCAUGGCUUACUCCCCCCUCAGAGGCUUUGUAUCAUUCAUUUCCUCGCGAGCCUCAACGGGGCUCGUGACGUGUGCCUAGGCCUGUACAGUAUCGGCCAUCACGGAGCGCGCUAGGUAUGUGUUCGCUCUUCGUGCCUUCCUCGCCGUUUCCUUUUCCUUCGCUACUUCCUUACGCCCCGCGACCUCGCACUACAUAUACAAUUGGCUGAUUUUAUACACUAUUCAUAUGCGACGGUAAAGCGCUCUGGAUGUGCGUAAGCACCGCUAAUUGAUGCUUAUGUGCUGCUCAUGUUCAUGUUCUAAUCCGAGAGAAGGGUGAGGCGUUUCAGGAAAUCAUGCCCGCAUCGUGCGAGAGCAAACACGACUAGUUUACGAUCAGUCUCGGCGCUGAGUAGGCGGUCCAAUUUGGGACUCAACAAGACUUCGAUGUUUAUCACGAUCGGAGGCAUCAACCAGGGACUUUCGCACCGAUGGUCCACGAUAGUGGAUAGCAGGGAAACUCGGCAGGAGGCCAUCGGAAUUCUGGCACGUUCAAUCCGGCGCCGGGAUACUAUUCCAGUACCCCAGCGCUAUUUCUGCCGCUAAGCGAAGCAGCUGUACAUCCCGGCUCUUGUGGGAUCCGCGUUCAUCUUCACUGCUGCUGCUGAGAUUCUCCCAGUCCCGAUAUCGAUCAACGACCUAACCAGCAUGCCCGCCAUUUGUGUCUCAAUCAAGGACGGUCACAUUCCCUUUCCAUACAAAGGCGAGACACACCAGACAUACUACAAGGUCUUCGGAGACCUCGAGCAUCGUACUCGCACCCCCGUCGUCGUCCUCCUCCACGGUGGCCCGGGUCUCUCACACGACUACAUGCUCCCCAUCGCAGACCUUGCGGACGAGUCCUACGGGUACCCUGUCAUCUUGUACGACCAGAUCGGCAAUGCACGCUCGACGCACCUCCCAGACCAGCCAGAGGACUUUUGGAAUGUCGAUCUGUUCCUCGACGAGCUCGAGAACCUUCUCAGAUACUUCCAGAUCCAGGACGGGUACCACAUCGUGGGGCACUCGUGGGGAGGAAUGAUGGCUUCAGAGUUCGUGGUUCGGAGGCGGCCCAGCGGCCUACAGCGACUAGUCAUCGCCGAUUCCCCAACGGCGAUCGCGCUGUGGGGCCAAUCGUUCUUUGAGCUCCUGCAACAGUAUCCUCAGUGGGUCAAGGAUGCUAUAGCGAAGGGCUUUGAGGACAGGGAGGCGUACUGGAAGGCUUUGGGGGAGGUAUACGCGGUUCAUGGCUGUAGGGUGCAGCCGAUGCCCAAAGACUUGGAGUAUUCGCUGCUGCAGGUAUAUGGCGAAGGCGCUGACCUUACUGUCGAGAAUGCCCCCAUCCUGAAGGGCUGGACAAUCGAAGACCGUCUGGACCAGAUUCGUACGCCGACGCUGGUCAUCAAUGGCAAAUACGACAUUGCACAGGACUAUGUCACCCGUGCGUAUGUAGAGAAAAUUCCCGGAGCAAGAUGGAUCAGACUCGAAGAGUCGAGCCACACGCCGCACUUCGAGGAGAGGGAUAGAUACAUGAAGGAAGUCGCUGCUUUCCUCGCAGGGUAGAGGUAGAGACGAUAGAAGGGGACAAUCGAAGGAGCAGUAGCAGUAUGUCGUCUAGGUUGUCAGAACGUGUACAUUCUGCCAUGACGUUGCUGCAGACUGGAAUAUGUUGGCUCAGGCUAAGAACG